ACGUAAGGGGCCGCGGGAGCGUAAAGUGAGUUUUCGCUCGCGGCUGCUUUGCAAUGCCAUGCAGUCGAGGUGAGUCGAGCCGAGUCGAGCGAACCCGAGCCUCAACAGUCAGUCUUGGACGUGGCCCCGUCGCAUCCUUCUCGCUGCCAGAUCCUCGUGCACGGCCACCACCUGUCGAAAUCCAACCGAUUUCUAUCUGUCGUUUCCACAAACGCUCCACUCCUCCGAUAACCUCGAAAUGGCCACGCUCUGAGAACCGUCGCGUCCGUGGAACGUCGGUCCAAGUGAAUCAUCGUCGGUUCACCCGAUCGAUCGCGGUGCACACGUUUCGUCUCCGUCGAGAGAACUCGUUCCGAGCAAGUGACUUUGUUUUCCCGAUCGGACGAGAUGACGUCGUCGACUUGAGAACCAUCGGGGUCCGUUUCGUCGGUGCAGUGAAUUUGUGUGUGCGCGCGAGGCCCGUACGGAUCAGCUGUAGGAAGUUCGGGGAACGAUAUUCAACAGAUUGGCCUCACCGAGGCGGAAGGAGUUAAUCAACGAGGGGUGCCCAUGCCGAGCGUCAGGAAAAAUCAGCAGGAGGGUCUCAGGAGCGCGAGAGGAAAAUUCUCAGAGGGAACGAGCCAGAGGAAUUUAGUGAAAGACUCGAGCCUGUGAGCGUGGACGACGCUGGACGUUCGAGCCUGAAAAUGUCAACGAAAACGUGUUCCACGAUCAUGUCGGGACUGAUAAUAUUACUGGUAUCGACGGUAAUAUACCGGGAAGCGCGAGGACACGUUGCCUUGACUUUUCCGCGAGCGAGGAAAUACGACUUGGACUUCCUGGACAACGCCAGAACUCCCGGACCAUGUGGAAUGCCACGUGGGGACGUCAAGACUACUUUACUCUCUGGGAGCGACUUCAACGUCACAUGGCAUCUGGCUUACCCUCAUCGAGGUGGAUUUCGUCUGCAAAUCUUGGACGCCCUCGACAGGCCAUUGGUUGAUUUAACCCCUGUGACGAAGAACAGCGAAUUCGUGGAAGAUGACGCCACGGCACAGAGUUACGCCGUGCAUUUACCCCAGAACUUUACAUGCACAGACUGUACGAUUCGACUUCUGCGAGAAGCCGAGGAGUGGGGGGCGAGUUACAGAUUUUGGUCCUGCGCCGACAUCGAUAUCAUCGACAGAAAGGCCUACAGGGAAGAUUGCAGCGGUCACGGCAGAUAUCUGGUGGGUCGGUGCAGAUGCGAUCGUCUCUAUCACGGCACACGGUGCGAAUUUAAGGAGGAAUGCCUCGACGACUCGGACUGCGGUAUUCAGGGCACGUGCAUCGACAAUGGCGGCACGACCGCGCCCACCAAGCAAUGUUACUGCAACAUCGGCUGGUUCGGUCCGGGUUGCGCGAAGAAAUCCCCGAUCAAGACCAUCGACGUGGACCUGGACGUCUACACGAUGAAGAAAUUUUCGGACAACUUCACCUUUUAUUGGCGCAUACUGAAGGAUAGCAAAGAACUCGAGGGCGUGAUGGUGGUAAAUACGACGAGCUGGGUGGGCAUUGGCUGGCGACCAAGCGACCUGACUCCGAUCUGUCGAGCGUUCCCCGAUAUCCAAGAACGCCCGAAGGGGGAGCCGCUGCCGCGACCGGAGCCAAAAUCGGAACCCGAACCGGAGGCAGAACCGAAAGCCGAACCGAAACCAGAACCGGAACCGGAGCCCCAACCGGAGCCAGAGUUCGGAACGGAGAGGUCCGGUGCCAAGAGGAGAUCGGCCAAAGCGCACGACGUUGCGUUGUUGGCGUCGACACCCCGACCCGACGUCGACGUCACGGUGCAGACGAGCGUGACUUAUCGCGUUAGCACCAAACAAGGGCGUAAAAAGAGGUCUCCGGACACGGUGGUGCCCUCUGCAAACGGGGAACCCGUCGCCGAGCCGAGCACUGUCGACAGCACCAACACCACGCCCGAACCCAUAUCUGAGCCCAAGUCUGAACCAGGAGCCAAUUCCAAGCCUGAGCCACAGUCCCAACUGAAAUCCACUCCCAAACCGGAACCCGUUUCCGUCCCCGAACCGACGUCUGAACCGGAACCAAGCCCCGAGCCAGAGCCAACGUCUCAUCCGGAGCCCAGUUCCAAACCGGAAUCAAGAUCCCAAUUGAAAUCCGGUGUUAAAACCGCUGCACCGAAAUCUCAAUCAGAACCCGUUCCCAAAGGCGAACCAAGGUCCAAGCCAGAACCCAGUUCAGAGCCAGAACCCAAAUCCGAGCCAGAACCAAGUUCAGAGCCAGAGCCCAGCUCAGAGCCAGAACCAAGUUCAGAGCCAGAGCCCAAAUCCGAGCCAGAACCGAGUUCAGAACCAGAACCAAAGUCCGAACCGGAACCCAGUUCCGAGCCAGAGCCAAAGUCUGAACCGGAACCCAACUCCGAGCCACAUCCAAGCUCAGAGCCGGAGCCAAAGUCUGAACCGACCUCGGAACCGGAGCCAAUUUCGGGCCUUAGGUCGAGCGCUACAAAAGCGAUCCUGCCUGGACCGGGGCACAAGUACACGCCGAAACACGACUUCAAUCCGAUGGACUGCACCGACAUCAUAAUCGGUUCGGCGCGGGGUAACAAUCACAGGAUCGGUGAUUACUAUACCAGGGACAGGUCGACGCCGCGUAAGGACGAAUACUGGGGCGGCAGGGACACGCUGACGGCCGCAAUGGGCUACGAGCGCGAUGGCGUCACCACGAUACUCUUCAGAAGAAAGUUAACCGCGAACGAACCGACCGACCACGAAAUCAUAGAUGCCAACAUGCAGGUGAUAUGGGCGAAAGGACAAGAACCGGGAAAGUACGUUCACCAUCCGCCAAGCGGCAUUGAAAAGGCCAAGGUCAGCGUCAAGGACUUCUACAAGGCUGACGAGCUCAAGUAUCACGGACACGGCUCCCAGAGGGGAGCAAUUACGCUUAAUUUCUUUGAGGAGAAUAAAAAGCAAGAGAUGGCCACCAGCGAUACAGCUACGCCCACUACAAGCUGCAGUGGCGAGUGGCAUUAUCCUAGACAAUGCUCCCCUGAAAAUGGCACCUGUGAAUACUCCAUACAAUGGUCGUAUAAGGGACGAAAGGAUCAAUUAUCGUUUGUCAUCUCAACGACCCAUACGAACAGCUGGACCGGCGUUGGAUUCUCCGACGACGAUAAAAUGUCGCAGACAGACGCGGUUCUGGGCUGGGUUGACGAUAAAUCUGGCAGGGCAUUUCUCAUGGACACUUGGAUCAGCGGAUACAACGCCCCGCUGCUUGAUCCGUCUCAAGAUAUUUACAACACCGGUGGCAGCAAAGUGGACGGUGUAACGACUCUAAAAUUCUCAAGGAAACGAAUAACAAAGGAUAACAGGGACCUUUCGUUCACGGACGAUCACUGCUUGUACAUGAUGUACCCAGUCAAGGGUGGUAUUUUCAACGCUGUCAGCAAGAAGAUACGCAAACACGAUGCUGUGCCCGUCGUCUCGUCUGAAAGGAUAUGCAUAAAGUCCUGCGGCCUCGAAGAGCUCGAGGACUUAACGACACCAGCGCCACCAAGGCUGCACUACGACGUGGAAGUGAAGCUGGUGAAUCUGGGUGACGGUUUUACAGCGCCCGCUCCUGGCAGCCCCGACUUCGAAGUUAUUUCGAACAGGAUAUCUGACAGUUUUGGUCCAAUUUUGGACAAACUGCCCGGUUAUUAUCAAAUACGUCUUAACGAGUUACACAAAGACGAAGAGCAGAACGGAGUUAUCGCGCACAUGGACUUGAUCUUAGAUAAAAACGAAGUCAAGGGUAGAUCGUUGAAGCCAUUGGACACUAGCUCAGCCGCAGAGAAGGCGCUGAAAGAAGCCCUCGUAAGCGGGAAAGUCGGUGCGCUGAGCGUCGAUCCGCAGUACUUGAUCAUUAGAGCUCCUCGAGUAAACGACUUGGGUGGAGGAGACGCAGACGAAGGAACGUCAUUUACGUCGGACCUGUUCCUCGACGGGACGAAGCUGUACAUCGUCGUUGGUUGCGUCGCUGCGUUGCUUGCCCUUGCACUGUUGCAAGCAAGCUGCACCCUCUACAGAUCCUCGAGGAGACGAGCGACGAAGGAUCGCCUGAUCGCUAGUAACGCUUGGAAAGACUACGCCUCCGGUGCGAACACGAACUUCGCCUUCGAGGCGUUCGAGACGGAGGAGAAGGCACCGCCGCCACCGGUAUCUAGUUUACCACGCCACCGCGAGAUGGUGAGCAACGGACUGGGCAGCACCGACACGGUGGAGGGUCCCAACCGAAUGGUGGGGCCCCGGGCUACGUACAGCCUGCCGCGUGCACCGGGCACGAGGCACACGGCGCCAAUACAACCGGGUUACUACACCCAAGAUCGCAGGGAUCACUAUCAGCGAUCGAAAAACAUGCACAACCCGGCGAGCGGCGUGUCGACCCAACCGAAUCAACCAGACUUCUACUUCAUGCCCAGUCAGCGUAAAUACAGUGGCGAGGUCGUGCGCGUCUACGUGGAUUACGGUAGCCAAACGCCGAAGUAGAAAGAACCACGACGAUAACGCGUGUCCGUCAGUGCUCUGUGCACCUCUUCUCUGCUUUCCCUCGGUCGAAUCCCAAGUGGACAAUUUUUUUUUUUUUUACCUCGCUUCAGUGAAGCGACACCCCUGUAUAUAAACGUUGUCAGUGCACCUGGAGAAAAAAAAAGACUAUUCGAAACGAGACUCACCCCCCUCCCAAACCCCCUCUACACCCCUUUACGGUGCUUCUCUGCCGAUGGAUGGUCGUCGAACCGGGGGCGAACACCACGUUUUCGUUACGAAAGUACGCAGAAGUGGCGCUUACGACCAAAGAGUUAUCGAUAAGGCGCGCUCGAUGCGCGGUUCUGUACAAAGCGCGCGAGAAUACGCAGCACGGAUUCACUGUAAAACACUCUCGACGCGUGGUCGGGUGCGACCAGACCGUACCCGCGUGCGCCCAGCGAAUUUACUGUACUUACGAGCAACCAUGGACGUUUGAGCAAUAAAAACGUUUGUAUAUUUUCUUUUUAAUCGAACGUACGCUUCCUUUGUUGAUUCAGUUAUUCGUCGAACGAUCCUAAUAGCGAAGUUAUUCCUGCAUUCUACCUCUGUUAUUCUAGUGUACAGUCGAUGGCACAAAUUCUGGUCUUGGUCUGGGUAGAUUUUUACUGCUUAGGCAGUAUGGUUGCGAAUGGACGUUUCAGCUAUUAGCUAAGCACCGACUGUACAUUGAAGCUAUUAUCUGACAAGGAACGAUCCCUAAGCGCAAGUGUAACUGGUCGGUGAGACUUUGAACGAUGCUCGAAAUACUGAAGUUAGUAAUUGUUAUCUUGACCGCCAAAACUUCAAAUUAAAUAUCUUGUACCCGAAAAAUCAUAAAUACUGGCUUCGUUAUUUUAAGUUCUAUGUCUAUGCAAAACUUUAUUGACCAGUCAGACUUUGUACCCAAGGGGCCUUCGUUGCGAACAAAAGAUUUUGGCCGCUCAAGGCCACCCAGCUAGUAUCCUCCGUUAUAUUGUUCGGCUGUCCCAACAAUUCGUUUCAUCUGAGUACCAUGAAGAGAGAAGAGUCAUGAUGAUAUCACAAUAUAAAUACUUCAAGUUCAAAGGAGUCUUAAUCACAUGAAUAAGAAGAUGGCAAGAUUGUAAAGUUGGUCGAGGUUAUGUUAGAUGUGCCUCAUGGUGGGAGGAAUGACCUUGAACAGCCAGUCUUGUCUCUACUACAGCGCGCGAACGUAUCUCUCUACGAUAUUUCAAAUACACUGACAAAAUUUCCACACAUAUUUUUAACAACCUUCUAUGCACAUGAAUGCAAUAUAAAUCCAAAAUAGCACUCAAAAGGAUACUAAAUUUGACGAGGGGUUUCAACCGUGGACAAAACAGGCUCGAAGGAACAAAGGUGAAUAUACUUUGUUUCUUCUUCGUGUACUCAUUGUGUUCUUUUAAUUUGUAUUGUCCGGGUAUUUAUCGAAAUACCCUUUGGAAAGUAAAAAAAAAAGUUUGAACCUGAACCUUCGAAGAGUAUUCUCUUCGAUGCAGUCAAAAUGUAUUCUAGAAUGAAACUGACGCGCGUGAACCGCGGUAUCGUCGCAGAGACGUCGAAGCAGCGUUUUAAAAAUAUCCUUGGAUUUAGGACUCGCAUAACGGCUGACAAAACAAAUUAUAUUUCUGUCUUCGUUCGCGGAACGAGCAGAUCUCGCCGUCGUGUGUUAAACGGAAAGAUAUAAAAUGAAA